CUAAAAGAAAAGACAGAAUCCGGGUCAGAGCAGACGAUAGACUGCAGCAGACGAUAGACUGCAGGACCAGCACUCAGCAGACGAUUGAGGAUAUUAUCACAAAACCAACUUCCAUCAGUGCUUGCGCCAUGAAGCUCUUCACAUCGUCUUUGGUGGUUCUCUUUGCCGCUGCCGCCGUAGAUCUUGGACACGGCAGUAUUGUCGCUCAAGUUUUCGGAAGGAGCGCAGCUGCUGUUCCAAGGGACUCUAUAGAGGUGAAUGCCGCAAAACUGGACCAUUUCCUCAUGACUUCGUUUGGCAAUGAAGAGGUUAUUGAUGAGGAAGGCUUGGUAAUGAGUUACAGCUACAACCCUGAGUUCGACGAGAAACCAAUGCAGAAGAUGCAUGACAUCAUCCUACUCCUAGACAGCAGCGGCAGUAUCGGGGCCGAUGACUUCCUCAAGGCAAUUCAAUUUCUAGCGAACUUCGUGAAUCUGAUCCCAUCGACUAUCAGCCCUGCCAACACCAGAUUCGCCUGUAUUUCAUUCUCAGAGGCUGAUAAAAUCAUCACAGAAUUCAAUUUCCAUGAUCACUCCAACAGAAGUUCUGUGGUUAAAGCCAUCCAACGGAUAACCUAUCAAGACGGGGCAUCAACGCACACUACCAAGGCACUGCGGAGAGCCCAAGCCCUGUUUGCGAGCAAUGGCCGUGAUAAUGCAAAGAAGUUUGUAUUCAUGGCCACUGAUGGCCGUUCAAACGGCGGUGGAAACCCAGCUGUUCCUGCCAACGAGAUGAAGAACACGGACAGAGGUGACGUCCAAAUAGAUGUGUUUGCAGUCUCGGACAACGUGAAUAAACAAGAAAUUGAUGCCAUUGCCUCCUCUCCCCCUUCACAGCAUGUGUACGAUGUCGAGACUUUCGCAGAUGCAACCAAUAUCACCGAAAAUGUCAGAGGGAAAAUGGAAGCAAGAGGAAUCAUGAUUCCACACUAAACGCACACGUUUCACAUUUUGCAUGCUAUUUGGAGAACCUCCUUCAUGACCUAUAUACAAUGUAACCCAAAGAUUAAGUAUGCAGUUGAUGUACAAAGAAGGCUGUAACAAGGAAAUAUCGCUAGAUGUGGGCUGCAAUAGCCAUGACAAAAAUUCCUAGGGCAACUUUGCUCAUCUGAAAGAUUUGGACUCUCCUUGAACUUGGUCUGUCUUUGUUCCCGGGUGAAACUGACAUUAGGACAUUACACAGUGAAAAGCAAGUAGACUCGUCCCUGCUGAAUCUCUCCAAGGUAGCAAAAUCAACUUCGCAAAGCGAUAUGAUAAAACCGAGAAGGUCGUUUUUCUAUUCCAUCAUUUAUCGAUUUAAUUCGAGUUGUCCGGGAUGCUUUCGUUGGAAGCUCCUUUAUAAGCCUUAUCCGAAAGCUUUCCCAUGCCAACGACGACAAAAAUAUGUCACCUUGCUUACCAAUAUAUAAUUGCUA